CUCUGGAAAAAGUCAGUUUUUCAGUCGUCUUCUCACCUUGACAGAAGCGUAUCACAAAUACCUCUCCGAAAUCUCCGUUUUCUAAAUUUUCGAACAUUAGCAUAGCAUCGCAAUUACUAAACUUGAGGAGCAGAAACCUGAUACCAGAAACCAAAAAUGGAGAAAAUUGAAGCUGAAAGAAUUAGGUACACGGAAAAUAACGUAAUUGACGUUCAAGUUCGAGAUAUGUGGAAGUUUGAGGAAGUGGAGACUUGUGAGUCGUCGUCUGGAAGGGUGGUGGGUCCCUCAUUUGAGAUAACGAUGAUAAAUAAUGAGUCGGAGCUGGGUGUCCAGGACAUUUCCGAGUUAAAUGCAGUACCACCUCCUGGCGAAGGGGAUCUUGAGGGAUGUACUAUUUCACACCAGGAUCAAAUUAACAAUGCUGAAAAUGGAUCCGUGUCACAAGGUGUGUUUCAAUGUAUAAUGUGUCCAGAAGGCUUCGAUAAAAAAUUGCUCCUCAACAAUCACAUGAAGAAAAAACAUGGAAUUAAUCUUGUGUUCACAGAGCGGGGUCGAAAAGCGAAAUUGGUACGAUUGCCGGAAGAAGACACACCAAAGGGAAAGGGACAUGCUAGUACUUCAAAGGAUGUUGAACAGCGAGUUUGCGAAGUACUUGAAAAUAAAUCUGAUGAAGAUGAGGAAGGAUCUGGUCAAUGGCUUGGGUGUGGUUAUGCCGUAAAAGUUGACACUCCAGCGUAUCAUAUGGCAAUAGAGAGGAACGAGAUCCCAUUUGCGGCAUUCUUCCCUAUAAACUCGAAGACAGGGUACUUGCUAAGGGUACAAGAAUACGAACCCAAAAAUAAUUUAUUGAACCCAGCUAGCAGGAAUGAUGUCGUCAGGGCGUUUCAAUAUCACAGACAAAUCAGUUCAUCUCACACGGCAGGAGACUUAUUGCCAAUUGUGGCGUUUGUUCAUCAAUAUUACAACCAUACCACGCGAUCAACGGAUAUUAACAUUUGUUCCCCGGAGAAUAUCCCCGACUUGGAGCUAAAGUAUAUAAGUCAGGACAAUUUCACCACUAUUGCUUUUGGAAACAGUGUAUCAAGCUGUGAUCCCAGUGACGAUGAAGAGAUGGAUGAGGAUCCACUACCACCACCCACACCAAAACCAAAACGACGAGGUCGAAGGACAAAGAAGGAAAUUGAAGAGGCAAAAAUGAACGCGAUCAAAGCUGCACAGCCACUGCUAGCCACAUCGUCCAACGCUCAUGUGGAAAAGAAUGAUAAUCUGCAAACUGAGAACGCUGAGGUGUCAAACCUUGGAGAUGAUGAGGGCCGAGAAGUGCCACCAACUGCAGCUGUAAAUGAUAAUGCAGACAACAGGCCGAAACUAAUUCCUGAAGUUGUACAACCGUCGUUGGAUGUGGUAGAAACACAUAAUCCACCAGAAAUGCCACUAGUGGAAUCAGAUCCACUACCCCCAGUACUCACACAGAUGAAAGUGAACGUAGAACGCACAGAUGAAGAAUCUAUGCAUUUGGAUGAAUCAGUUUUACCCGUCACUCCAUCCAAAGCAACAACUCCAAAAUCACGAAAGGGUGAUGGCAAAACUGGGAAAGGACAAAAGCCAAGAUCAACUUCGAAAUCAACGGGACUUUCUUCUCCUAAAAAACCAAAUUCUUCUCUGCACGUGAAGAUUACAAACGUGCAGGACGAACCAAUGGACCUGAGCAAGCGUUCGAACACUCACAAUGAUUUAGAAGUUGAAAAUGGCACAGAUACGACCCAGAAACGACCCCCACCAGCCGGUUACGCUACCAACACAGCAUUACCAACAAAACGAGGUCUCCCACGUAGACUCAUAUUUGAUUAAUGUAUUAAACAAAAGUAAUGUAAUGUUAAUAAGUAUUUUAAACUAAUGUUACCAAAAUUUGAUUCUCAAAAUUUGAAUUGUUGGAACUUGGAGGCAUAUUAUAUAAUGUUGGCAAAG